CAUAAAUAUGAGUUGGAGUGUCUGAUACACACAACCUCCUAUACCCUUCACUGGCGUCAUAACAACAUAUCAAUUUGGUGAAAUGAGGACAAAAUACACUCUGUUUCUGUUCUUUAUUGAACUUGUGGUUCAUUUUUCAAUAUCAAACAGUGGAAAAGUUCCAGCUAUAAUAGUGUUUGGUGACUCCUCUGUUGAUUCAGGUAACAACAAUUUCAUUCCAACCAUAGCAAAGAGCAAUUUUGAACCAUAUGGUAGAGAUUUUCCAAAUGGUAAUCCUACUGGUAGAUUCUCCAAUGGUCGUAUUCCCUCUGAUUUCAUCUCUGAAGCAUUUGGUCUUAAAUCAAUUGUUCCUGCUUACUUGGAUCCUUCUUAUGAUAUAUAUGAUUUUGCUACUGGUGUUUGUUUUGCUUCUGCUGGUACUGGCUAUGAUAAUGCUACUUCAAAUGUUGCUGAUGUAAUACCAUUAUGGAAAGAAGUUGAAUUCUACAAGGAUUACCAAAAGAAAUUAAGGGCAUGUCUUGGUGAUGAGAAAGCUAAUGAAAUAGUAAAGGAGGCUUUAUAUUUGGUUAGCAUAGGAACAAAUGAUUUUCUUGAGAAUUAUUACACACUUCCUGAUCGAAGGGCUCAAUUUACAACUGUUCAAAAGUAUGAGGAUUUUUUAAUUGGACUUGCUGAAAAUUUUCUUAGGAAAAUUUAUGACCUUGGAGCAAGGAAAAUUUCUCUGACAGGAUUACCUCCAAUGGGGUGUUUGCCACUUGAGAGAGCCUUAAAUAUUAUGGAUCUUCAUGGUUGUGUGGAUGAAUACAAUGAUGUGGCUUUGGAAUUUAAUGCAAAAUUGGGAAGGUUAGUGACAAAGUUAAACAAGAAACUCCCUGGAUUUCAAUUGGUGGAUGCAAAUGGAUAUAAUAUCUUACUUCAAAUUGUUACACAACCUUCUCAUUUUGGUUUUGAAGUUGAAACAGUGGGGUGUUGUGGAACGGGUAGAUUUGAGAUGGGUUAUUUAUGUAAUGCAAAAAGCCCAUAUACAUGCACAAAUGCAAAUAAAUAUGUAUUUUGGGAUGCUUUUCACCCAUCACAAAGAACAAGUCAGAUAAUAUCGAGUUAUUUAAUAGAAAAAUAUCUUGUCAAGUUUCUAUGAUUCAAGACAGGAGCAACAUGUCCUUCCAAUUCUUUCGCCACUCAGACUUUUUUGUUUAAUGCUCUUAGAAUAAGAUUUCACUUCGAUAUAUAGUUUAUAUUUUUGUUUA